ACAUCCAGGGGCUGGCGGACACCGGCGGCUCCAGGAGGCUCCGGACCGCGUACACCAACACUCAGCUGCUGGAGCUGGAGAAGGAAUUUCACUUCAACAAAUACCUCUGCAGGCCCCGGAGGGUGGAGAUCGCGGCUCUGCUCGACCUCACCGAGCGUCAAGUCAAGGUCUGGUUCCAAAACCGCCGGAUGAAGCACAAGAGACAAACCCAGCACAGAGAAACCCCGGACGGGGACCUCCUCUACCCCAGCCUGGAUGAGGGCAGCGAUCCCGCGGAGGAGCCUGAGGAGAGCCCCGCUUUCGGGCCGGCCCCGGAGCCCGGCGAGCCCUACCGGAGCCAAAAGGCAGGGAGAGGGGAGCCCGAGAGCCCGCGGCUGACGGCGGGGGAUCCCGGCACCUCCGGCCCCUCGGACCAUGGCCAUCUCCAGAGCCGGGAUUCACCGCUGCUGCCGGAGCUGAGCCCCUUCUCGGCAGAGCCCUGCUCGCAGCUCCCGGACGGGCUCU